GAAGAGGUCAUAACUCACAUAGUACCUUAGUCAUUCCGUGUCCAAAGUUGCAAGUUAUCUAAGCCCACUUUGUGUGUCUGUGUUUCACUCACCUCCUCUUUCCGGCAACAUGCUUUGACGCCACCCACCUUAAUUCUGUUCCUCCAUUUCUGAGAUCCACCCCUUUCUCUCCACUUCAAGGUGGUUCUGUCUCCGAGGCUUGAAAUCAGACAGAGUUUCAAAUCCUGUCGGUGAUUCAUUUGGUUGUUUUGCCAUCUGCUAUGGUUUUGUUGGGAUGCACUGAGGAUUCCUUGUCAUGACAAAGAAAUUACGUUUAGAUUGUUCUUUGCAGGAGGAUGGAAAGAAAGUGAACAACUUUCUGAGAAUGGAUGGGAGGGAAGGAGUGAACGAUGGUUUUUCUAGGCCUGGACCAAAUGAUUCGCUUCUCCCUCGUCUUAUUGAUGAUGUUGCACUCAAUUGUCUUGCUUGGGUCAGUGUAUCCGAUUAUGGUUCGCUAUCACGGAUUAAUAAAAGGUUCAAAAAACUGAUUGAAAGUGGGGAUCUAUAUAAGUUUAGGAAACAGUUGGGAGCUUUGGAGCAUUUGGUUUAUAUGGUUUGUGAUCCAAGAGGAUGGGUGGCUUUUGACCCCAAGAUAAAGAGGUGGAUGGCAUUACCUAAGAUACCUUGUGAUGAGUGCUUUAACCAUGCAGACAAGGAGUCCUUGGCCGUGGGGUGCGAACUGUUAGUCUUUGGUCGGGAAUUGAUGGAGUUUGCUAUUUGGAAGUAUAGCAUGAUUUGUCGAGGUUGGGACAAGUGUCAGGAGAUGAACCAACCUCGCUGUUUGUUUGGAUCUAGUAGUCUUGGUUCAGUUGCUAUUGUUGCUGGUGGAAGUGAUAAAUAUGGAAAUGUUCUGAAAUCAGCUGAGUUGUAUGACUCUUCAUCAGGUACGUGGGAACUUUUGCCGAACAUGCACACGCCACGUAGAUUGUGCUCUGGUUUUUUUAUGGACGGCAAAUUCUAUGUGAUUGGUGGAAUGUCAAGUACAACUGUUUCAUUAACUUGCGGAGAGGAAUACGAUCUUAGGACAAGAAAUUGGCGGAAAAUAGAGGGCAUGUAUCCAUAUGUUAAUGUGGGUGUUCAGGCACCUCCACUUGUGGCAGUUGUGGAUAAUCAGUUAUAUGCAGUUGAGCAUCGAACUAACAUGGUGAAGAAAUAUGACAAGGAAAAGAACACAUGGAAUGAAUUGGGAAGGCUUCCAGUCCGGGCAGAUUCGUCUAAUGGCUGGGGCCUGGCAUUCAAGGCUUGUGGAGAGCAACUUUUGGUUGUGGGUGGACAAAGGGGUCCAGAAGGUGAAGCUAUUGUGCUAAAUUCAUGGUGUCCUAAGUCAGGGAUUAUGAAUGGCACCAUAGACUGGAAGGUGCUUGGUGUGAAAGAACAUGUCGGGGUGUUCGUGUAUAAUUGUGCUGUUAUGGGUUGUUGAGAUAAUUUUAGAUGGACUCAACAGAAGAUGCUGGUAUUUACAAUCUGACUUAGCCUUGAAGGGUGUUUCCAUGUUCAAUCUCCUCAUUUACUAAGUUAAUUUUUGCUGGGAUAGUUUUACCUAGCUUCAAAUUUGGUUUCUUUCUUUUAACAUGGUUUAUUUGGAUGUAUUUCUCACUAUCAUGGUUCAUAAUUCUAAAUUGGUUUGAGAUUACUGAGUAGGCUUACACAUAUAUGUUCUGUUAUCUAUUUUAGCCAACUAUGUAAAACCAAUAAAUGAAGGAAUUUUCAUUGUUUAAUGCCCAUUGCUUGCUGCUUCAACCAUGUAUAUAUCAUGUUUGUCCAAAUUUGUGUCCAUUGUUCAUGCUUAGGAAAUAUUGUGUUUGUGUGUUGAAAAGGAAAGGGUUCUCAAACUGUUCAUCUAACUAGAGUUUUAAGAGUUGAGUUUCUGUGGGUAAUCGUAGGCUUGUAGCAAAUGUGCUCAGAGAAGUCAAAUGAUAGAGAUUGAUUCUAAUAUUUCUCUCACCAAUCUAUCAUUGCAUUUGGCUUGAAAUUUUAAUGUUAUAUUACAAGCACAGGUGAAAACAAAGUUACCAAGUUUUUUUAAGCCAUUUUCUUGGUUUUAUCUCUUUUAUGCAAUAUGAAAACGAGGUCCCCUCAGGUCUAUAAUGUGUUUAUAAACCUUGUCUAUUCGUCCAGCUGUACUUGCUAGAUUAAGGUCUAGUUUUCAUCUUCCUAUUUUAUGUGUGGUGUACACUUUAUCAACAAUAUGACCUUGAAAUGAUUUCUCUUAUUUAGUCAGGAAGAUUAACUGGGACCAUGCUUCAUUACUCUAUUUGAUUCCUUGGUCCUCUACGUUUGUAACCCAUUAUUUAAUGAUUCACAGCCCUUAGUACAUCAUGUACCCUUCAUCAUCAAUUUGAUGUUGAGAUGAAUGGCUAGCUUGACCUCUUCCCUCACUAACCAACAACUUGAUUGAGUGAAUUAUGCAAGAAGGCUCGCUGUAAUGCCCACUUUAUUUAUUGAUUAAUGAUAAUUGCACAUGCAUUUUACUCAUUUAUUUCGUGUCAUUAGAUGACAUUUUGAAUUAUCCUACUUUUUUUUUUUUACUUUGCCAAAAGUUGUUCUCAUUUGAAUCUUUUGCUAUAAAAAUGACUAAUGCAAUCAACAAUCUACUCCCAGGAAGAAAAUGAUAUACAACACCAAUUAAUCAAAAGGGAUUGUAGCCAACUACUCUAUCAUUUUUCUACGAUUUCUUUUUCAGCAUGGAGUGUGCAUUUAUUACUAUUUUUAUUUUGUGGGGUAUUUUAGAAAUUACAUUUUGAAGGAGAAAAAAAAGAGAGGGUCGGUAUUUUAUUUUCAAAUUAAGAGAGUUAUAUUAUAUUUAUAAAAGUAAAUAAAAAAAAGUGUUACAUUCAGUUUAUACUAUCUAUUAUUCUAAAAAAAUUAAAAAAAAGAAACAUUUCCCUUUCUUCUUAAACUUAACUCUCAAACACAUCCAUAAUCACUUGGUCCACUCUCUUUUUUUUUGUGACGUUGCUUUCGUCUUUGCUGUUUGUUUACACUGCUGCUCUCUCUCUUUUUCUUUUUUUUUUUGUCAAAGCACUUGCUGCUUAAAGUGUUUUGUAGGUUGGUUUUCCUUGGACCUUUGAUUUGGGCUCCUCGUUUUUUUAGGUUCUGCCCGUUGUGUCGUCUUUGGGCUUCUCGCCUUCAGUGUUUUUUAAGGUUCGGUUGAUGAAAAGAAAAAUAAAGCAGCAAUUUUUUUUAAAAAACGGUAACAAUGACAAAAAAAAAGAAUAAC